UGUGUAGAGAAACACAUUAAAGAAAAGAAAGGUUUCUUUUGAGACAGAGGAAAAAAUGGCUUCAUUUAGCUAUUUGAGUAUUCUGGUUUUAUGUAUUCUUGGAAUAGUAAGCUCUGGACAUGCUCAAUUGCAGCUUAAUUUCUAUGCCAAGAGCUGUCCAAAAGCUGAGAAAAUCAUUAAAGACUUUGUCCAAAAACAAGUUCCAAAAGCUCCAAAUACUGCAGCUGCCAUACUUAGAAUGCAUUUCCAUGAUUGCUUUGUUAGGGGUUGUGAUGGAUCUGUACUUCUUAAUUUCACUUCAAGUACAGGAAACCAAACUGAAAAACAAGCUAAUCCUAAUCUAACAUUGAGAGGCUUCUCCUUCAUUGAUGCUGUUAAAAGAUUAGUUGAAGCUGAAUGCCCUGGAAUUGUCUCUUGUGCUGAUAUUAUUGCCUUGGUUGCUAGAGAUGCAGUUGUAGUCACAGGAGGUCCUUCUUGGAAUGUGCCAACUGGUAGAAGAGAUGGAAGAAUAUCAAAUGUUUCAGAAGCCAAUGCUGAUAUCCCAGCUCCAACUAGUAACUUCACUAGGCUACAACAAUCUUUUGGGAAAAAGGGUCUUGAUUUGAACGACUUGGUCUUACUAUCUAGUGCACACACCAUUGGAGUUUCUCACUGCUCCUCAUUUUCGGAGCGUCUAUACAAUUUCACAGGGAUUCUUGGUACACAAGAUCCAUCUCUAGACAGCGAAUACGCGGAUAAUCUCAAGUCCAGAAAAUGCAAAUCAAUCAACGAUAAUACCACUAUCGUUGAGAUGGAUCCAGGUAGUUUCAAGACAUUUGAUCUUAGCUACUAUAAGCUUCUGCUCAAAAGGAGAGGUUUAUUCCAAUCUGAUGCAGCUUUAACAAAACGUACCACAACGAAGUCAUUUAUCGAACAGCUUGUCGAGGGAUCACUCAAAGAAUUCUACGCUGAAUUUGCUAAGGCAAUGGAGAAAAUGGGGAGAGUUGAAGUUAAAACAGGCAGUGCUGGUGAAAUCAGGAAGCAAUGUGCAUUUGUGAAUAGUUAAAAGUUCACUUUUCUUUAUUAUUUCAAGUUUAAAUUAAUGAUUUUGUGAAUGUAUUUGUUUGUUAAUUUCCUCUGAGUGAAUAGUUUGGUGUAAUAUGUAUCAUUAUUCAUGUACUUCUAUAUUUACUUUAUCCUAAUUUUGCAACUUGCUGGUGUUCUAGCAAUAAAAAUAGUAAUGAAAUUGAAAAAGUGGGAAUCUUUCCUGGC